AUGUUGUGUCACGGCUCUCUCGAUGUCUCAGAACCAAGCAACGAAGCCGAGGGAGAUGCGCCAUUAAUAUACGAGUUAUGCGGACGCCUCGAUGCUUCCUGUGCGCUAAUCUCAUUGACAGCUCGAGACGAUUCUGCUCCUCUGUUCAGGUUUCUGAGCAAAGACAAAGGAUCACAGUUGCGAGACGACGAAGAUGGGUACCCGUCUGGACUGCAAAAUGCAACGUCCAGUGAGGCCACGAACCUGUAUUCGUAUGACCAGACGGCGGACGGAUUACAAAUACACUCAAACAAAGUACUGCAGGUAGUCGAGAACGUGCAGUGUUGCAACUGUCGCAAACGGUGGCAGCUUGCGAUUCUGGCAAACAUCGGCUUCAUGAUCGUGUUUGGGAUUCGUUGCAAUUUUGGCGCUGCCAAGAACCACAUGUUUAAGAACUACACGGAUCCUUGGGGUCGACAGCACAUUCACGAAUUCAACUGGACGCGAGCAGAGCUGAGUGUGAUGGAAAGCUCCUUCUUCUAUGGCUACCUUGUCACGCAAAUCCCUGCCGGAUUUCUAGCUGCCAAAUAUCCGCCGAAUAAAUUAUUUGGGAUUGCAAUCGGCGUUGCCUCGUUUUUGAACGUGCUUCUCCCUCACGGCUUCAAUUCAAAAGAUGAUACUCUUGUCGCGAUCAUCCAAAUAAUGCAGGGAUUAGUGCAGGGAGUCGCCUAUCCGUCAAUGCACGGCGUCUGGCGGUACUGGGCCCCUCCUCUGGAGAGAUCAAAGUUGGCGACAACAGCAUUCACUGGUUCCUACGCCGGAGCGGUGCUAGGACUUCCAGUCUCAGCGUGGCUUGUCUCCUACGUCAGCUGGAGUGCUCCUUUUUAUCUCUACGGUGUUGCUGGAUGUAUUUGGGCCAUAUUUUGGUUUUCCUUAACAUUCGAGAAGCCCGCGUUCCAUCCCACUAUCUCACAGGAAGAGAAAAAGUUCAUUGAAGAAGCCAUUGGACACGUCUCCAGUUCACAUCCUACUUUCCGUUCAAUUCCAUGGAAGGCGAUCGUGACGUCAAAACCUGUUUGGGCGAUCAUUGUGGCUAAUUUUGCCAGAAGUUGGACGUUCUACCUGCUUCUGCAGAACCAACUCACCUACAUGAAGGAGAGGCUGGACAUGAACAUCAAUGAUUCAGGAAUGCUCGCUGCGUUGCCACAUGCUGUCAUGGGUAUUGUAGUGUUAUUAGGAGGACAACUGGCUGAUUAUUUGAGGUCCCACAAGAUAUUAUCUACUACUGCAGUCAGGAAACUCUUCAACUGUGGGGGAUUUGGAGGAGAAGCUUUGUUCAUGUUGAUAGUCGCCUACACUACCAAGGAGUCGACUGCUGUGAUAGCGCUCAUCCUGGCUGUGGGCUCCUCAGGAUUUGCCAUUUCUGGAUUCAACGUCAAUCAUCUGGAUAUAGCACCACGUUACGCAGCCAUUCUCAUGGGUUUCUCUAACGGAAUCGGGACCCUCGCUGGUCUCACAUGUCCAAUCGUAACAGAAAAGUUCACAGCCAACGGAGCUCACGGAUGGGAAAAGGUGUUCCUGCUCGCUAGUUUGAUCCACUUCACUGGUGUCACUUUCUAUGCUGUUUAUGCUUCUGGUGAACUCCAGGAAUGGGCAGAGCCAAAGCCUGAAGAAGAGGCGUGGAACGUUACUGCGUUGAAUCACAGAAGCAGCACUGCCGGAUACGGUACCACCAAGAAUGAAGUCCCAAUCACAUUAGCCCCUUUGCCGACAGCUGAGCAGCUCACUAAAGGUCAUUUGCCGUCGACCACAGCAUACGAAGAACGACAGGAGACGACUACGAACCCGUUCACUGCAGGGCCAAAAUCCGAACUUCCUCGGUCAUUACGGUUAGCACCAGCCAAGGCUGUUCCUGUAUCAGCGGCAGCAGUUUCCCAGGGUACGUCAUUCGUCUUCUCUUUUUUGAACAGCCACCUGAGUGCUAAGGACACUUCUUAUACGGAGAACCUCUCUUUGACGGUUACAAAUCCAACAGAUCAAAAUGCUCUUGUGACGAUCAACUCACCAUAUGUGGGAUUCACAAAUAUUACAGUAGUGGUCGGUGCUGGUCAGCCGAAGACGAUAGCUAUCACUCCUGCCGAUAUUCAAACGGAUUACAUGGACCAAUACCUGAUGAAGGCAGUAAUUGAGAACAAAACACUGUUCGUAAACUCGAAUGUGACGAUCUCGUUGGUGGCCAGCAACAGCCUCAGCGAUGGUGGUGGCGAGGACAAAUUCGUCGUUUUGCCGAUUUGCCAACUUGGAACGGAGUACCACGUUGUUGGAGACGAGUCAGCCCACGCCUUCCAAAGCUAUCAGUCCACCAAUAUCAUAACUGUGAUCGCUACACAAGACAACACUAAAGUGCAGCUGAAUUAUUUGUACACAACCCCAACAAUAAUCAACCGAGGUCAGCAGCUGACGAUUGCCUCUUUCUACACGCAGACUACCAUCGCUGUUGCUUCGGAUAAACCUGUCGCUGUGCUGUCGGGAUCGGUGUGCGGCUACGGCUAUUACAACCCUACCCACUGCAGCUACGAGGUGCUGAUGCUCGCACCGUCAUCGAACUGGGGCACAGAGGCUCCCUUCUACAAAUUUCAACCAGAAGACAUCGGAGAGUUCAUGGUCCUUUUCGAGAAGAACAACACCGACGUUUACUUCGACGAGCAGAAGCUUUCAAUAGGUCCUUUCGAUCACGACAGUUAUCUCAUCGCUGGAACGACUACCGGAAUGUUCGUGCGAGCGACGGGACCUAUCUACGUGGUUGCAGUAGGAAGCUCCAAUUCACAAGAUCAAGGAGCACCCUUCUUCGUAGAUGUUUCCGGAAGCAGCAGUUUUGGACAGGGACCAUACGUUUUCUCAGUGGCUACUUCGCUUGACGAGCAGUUGAACCUGAAACACUUCAUCCGCGUAACCUGCUCUGGCACAACUUGCCUUGGUACUGUCAAGGUUGACAAUUACAUCCCGAAUGGACUCAUCUACACCAGAAUGGGCCGCAGCAACUACUACUUCGUUGAUGUUGCGGUCAAAGGAGGACAGCACACGGUUUCAUUCAUUGGUCCGGACACGCCGUGGUCACCUAUCAGCUUUGGAGUCACCGUGUAUGGUUUUGGACAAAAUCGCGCCUAUGCAUUCACUCCUGGUUUGAAUUAUCAAAGUUCCGGAAUAUGCUGA